UCUUCUUCCUGCUCUUAAACACAGCACCUCCUCUCUGUCCACGUGUUUCCUCGUUCCCUCCCCUUCAGAUCUGCACUUUGAAGAUGGGUGUAACCAACAUGUGGUGACAUGUAAGAGCUGACAGGCUCCAUUCACUGCAGAAACAUGAUGUUGAGAUCAGAGCUCAGACUAGUUUCAGUUAUAAGGAAGAGAAACUCACACAGUCACUGACACUGAGAGGAGAAAUGGCACAGAAAGGAGUUCAGCUGGACCGAGAAACCUUCUCUUGUUCCAUCUGUUUGGAUCUACUGAAGGAUCCGGUGGCUACAACCUGUGGACACAGCUACUGCAGGAACUGUAUUAAAAGUUUCUGGGAUGAAGAGGACAGGAAGGGAAUCCACAGCUGCCCUCAGUGCAGGAAGACUUUCACACCGAGGCCUGUCCUGGAGAAAAACACCAUGUUAGCAGCUUUAGUGGAGCAGCUGAAGAAGACUGGACUCCAAGCUGCUCCAGCUGAUCACUGCUAUGCUGGACCUGAAGAUGUGGCCUGUGAUGUCUGCACUGGGAGGAAGCUGAAAGUCAUCAAGUCUUGUUUAUUCUGUCUGGCCUCUUACUGUGAGAAACACCUCCAACCUCACUAUGAUGCAGCUCCAUUAAAGAAACACAAGCUGGUGGCCCCCUCCAAGAAGCUCCAGGAGAACAUCUGCUCUCGUCAUGAUGAGGUGAUGAAGAUUUUCUGUCGUACUGAUCAGCAGAGUAUCUGUUAUCUCUGCACAAUUGAUGAACAUAAAGGCCAUGAAACAGUCCCAGCUGCAGCAGAAAGGACUGAGAAGCAGAAGGAGCUCGAGGUGAGACGACUAAACAUCCAGCAGAGAAUCCAGGAGCGAGAGAAAGAUGUGAAGCUGCUUCAACAGGAGGUGGAGGCCAUCAAUGGCUCUGCUGAUAAAGCAGUGGAGGACAGUGAGAAGAUGUUCACUGAGCUGAUCUGUCUCAUCCAGAAAAGAAGCUCUGAUGUGAAGCAGCAGGUCAGAUCCCAGCAGGAAACUGAAGUGAGUCGAGUCAAAGAGCUUCAGGAGAAGCUGGAGCAGGAGAUCGCUGAGCUGAAGAGGAAAGACGGCGAGCUGGAGCAGCUCUCACACACAGAGGAUCACAACCAGUUUCUACACAGCUACCCCUCACUGUCAGCACUCAGUGAGUCUACACACUCAUCCAGCAUCAAUAUUCGUCCUCUGAGCUACUUUGAGGAUGUGACAGCAGCUGUGUCAGAGACCAGAGAUAAACUACAGGACAUUCUGAGAGAGGAAUGGACAAACAUCUCACUGACAGUCACUGAAGAGGAUGUUUUACUGUCACCAGCAGAGCCAAAGACCAGAGCUGGAUUCUUAAAAUAUUCAUGUGAAAUCACACUGGAUCCAAACACAGCACACAGACGUCUGUUAUUAUCUGAGGGGAACAGAAAAGUAACAUUUAUCAACCAACAACAAUCUUAUUCUGAUCAUCCACACAGAUUCACUGGAUGGUUUCAGGUCCUGAGUAGAGAGAGUCUAACUGGACGUUGUUACUGGGAGGUGGAGUGGAGAGGUGGAGCAGUUCGUGUAGCAGUUGCAUACAAGAAUGUCAGGAGAACAGGGACGGGCAAUGAAUGUUUAUUUGGAAACAAUGACAGAUCUUGGGCAUUACUUUGUGACACAAACAGUUACAAAUUUCGACACAACAAAGUCCAAACUGUCCUCUCAGGUCCUCGGUCCUCCAGAGUAGGAGUGUACCUGGAUCACAGAGCAGGUAUUCUGUCUUUCUACAGCGUCUCUGAAACCAUGACUCUCCUCCACAGAGUCCAGACCACAUUCACUCAGCCGCUCUAUGCUGGACUUGGUCUUAGUACCACUGCAGAGUUGAUUAAAGUCAAAUAGAGAAGACAGGUUCAUGUUGAUCCCUGACCAUUAUAUGUACUUGUGUAGUUUCUAAAUGAGGCUUUACAUUUUAGAAGCUGAGAAGUUCAGUUGUCCAUUGAUGUGUGAAAAUAAUAUUGCACUGAUUCAAACUGAACUUAGAUUUAUAUACCUUACAUCAAUAUAAAUCUGAGUUUGUUCUUAUGGCUGAUAAUCAUGUGAGUUUAAAUGAUACUACUCUUCAUAUUCAGCAUGUUUGAAAUCUGUCAUCAGUCUGGUUAGUGGUUUUAUUCUGUAGUUGCUGUAGUGGGUUGUCAAAUGCAACAAUAUAUUGGAGCUGCAGUGAUUCAUCAGUUAGUCAAUGA